AUGAACGGGACAAUAGCAAACGAGUCACUGGUGUCAACGACUCCUGAGAGCUGCUACUUCGAACAACCGCCAAUGACAAAUAUUCGAUUCUGGCUCGUUACUGUAUUCGGCUCGACGGUGUCAUUCAUCAGCAUAUUGAACAACGUGUUACUCUUCUAUGUAUUUAUAUCAAGGAAGCAUCAUCGAACCAAUCACAAUGUUUAUCUGAUGUUACUAGCCUUUUUCGAUAUUUUUGUGAGUACUGCCUAUAUACUUCUCAUGUCCGUGAACGUACUCAUCGACUACCUAGUGUCUGCUCGUUUGAUGCAAAUAUGGUAA